AAUGCUUGCUCCACAGUCGCGUGCUAGACUCCUGACCCUGCUGGUGGUAUGGCUGAGCCGACUAGUGAUUUCGCGACUCCUACCGGGUGGCGUGCGUCUCCCGAGCUGACUCCCACGGUAGGGCCCCUGAGCGACACUGCCCCGCCGCGGGACCGCUGGAUGUUCUGGGCAAUGCUGCCGCCACCGCCACCACCGCUUACGUCCUCGCUUCCCGCAGCCGGGUCAAAGCCUUCCUCUGAGCCGCAGCCCCCCAUGGAGGCCCAGUCUCUCCCCGGGGCGCCGCCCCCCUUCGACGCCCAGAUUCUUCCCGGGGCGCAACCCCCCUUCGACGCCCAAUCCCCUCUUGAUUCUCAGCCUCAACCCAGCGGCCAGCCUUGGAAUUUCCAUGCUUCCACAUCGUGGUAUUGGAGACAGUCUUCUGAUAGGUUUCCUCGGCAUCAGAAGUCCUUCAACCCUUCAGUUAAAAAUUCUUAUUAUCCACGAAAGUAUGAUGACUUCAGCUUACCUCCCAGUAGGAAACAGAAAAAAAAGAAAAGAAAGGAACCAGUUUUUCACUUUUUUUGUGAUACCUGUGAUCGUGGUUUUAAAAAUCAAGAAAAGUAUGACAAACACAUGUCUGAACAUACAAAAUGCCCUGAAGUAGAUUGCUCUUUUACUGCACACGAGAAGAUUGUCCAGUUCCAUUGGAGAAAUAUGCAUGCUCCUGGCAUGAAGAAGAUCAAGUUAGACACUCCAGAGGAAAUUGCACGGUGGAGGGAAGAAAGAAGGAAAAACUAUCCAACUCUGGCCAAUAUUGAAAGGAAGAAGAAGUUAAAACUUGAAAAGGAAAAGAGAGGAGCAGUAUUGACAACAACACAAUAUGGCAAGAUGAAGGGGAUGUCCAGACAUUCACAAAUGGCAAAGAUCAGAAGUCCUGGCAAGAAUCACAAAUGGAAAAACGACAAUUCUAGACAGAGAGCAGUCACUGGAUCAGGCAAUCACUUGUGUGAUUUGAAGCCAGAAGGUCGACCUGAGGCAAAUGCAGAUCCUCUUGGUGUUUUGAUAAACAGUGAUUCUGAGUCUGAUAAGGAGGAGAAACCACAACGUUCUGUGAUACCCAAGGAAGUGACACCAGCCCUAUGCUCACUAAUGAGUAGCUAUGGCAGUCUUUCAGGGUCAGAGAGUGAGCCAGAAGAAACUCCCAUCAAGACUGAAGCAGACGUUUUGGCAGAAAACCAGGUUCUUGAUAGCAGUGCUCCUAAAAGUCCAAGUCAAGAUGUUAAAGCAACUGUUAGAAAUUUUUCAGAAGCCAAGAGUGAGAACCGAAAGAAAAGUUUUAAAAAGACAAACCCUAAGAGGAAAAAAGAUUAUCACAACUAUCAAACGUUAUUCGAACCAAGAACACACCAUCCAUAUCUCUUGGAAAUGCUUCUAGCUCCGGACAUUCGACAUGAAAGAAAUGUGAUUUUGCAGUGUGUUCGAUACAUCAUCAAAAAAGACUUUUUUGGACUGGAUACUAAUUCUGCGAAAAGUAAAGAUGUAUAGGUGUCUGGUGUUUCAGCAUACAUAACUGAAGCAUGUGAAACAGUAUCAUCCUCGUUAGUAGAGGAAAAUCAAAACCUUUUUUCCCUCAAAACUGGAUUUGUAAUUAAAUUGUAAGCCUCGUAGGAUGUAUGUUGGAUUUUAAGUCUUUCCUUUGGUUCUAUGCAAAUAAAUACAUAACUGAUUUUUAAGACUGUGUCUGUAUUGUUGGGAUUGAAUCUAGUAUUUGCGGGGAGAAUUUUUUCUUUGUAUUUAUUUUAAUGUAUUGUUCUCAUGUAAGAAUGACUGAUGUUGUGUCAGUUAAGAAUUGAAGAUAGGUUUAGCAGUAAAGAAGAAAGCUUUUAAAAGGAUUGAUUCAGCUAAGCAAAGUUGGGCAGAGAAAUACAGCCAUUUUGUUUUUAAUGCAGAAAAGGAAGAUGUUCUGUAGCAAGGGGGAAUAUUUUAAAAAUAAACCAGAUCAAAUUAAUGCAAUCAGAAGGUUUCGAAAUGUAAAUAUUCCUUAAGACAUGUUUAAAUUCACCUACUAGCAUGACUUACAUAGCUCAAAUAUUGAAUGUUUAAAAUAUUAAUACAGAUGGGGCCUCUGUUUAUGUUUAGAUACAAUUGAAGUACUUAAUUGAAGCUUUUUAAAAAUUGUAAAGUAAGUGAAAGCUACUGAGAUCUUUUUGUCUUCUGUAAUACCAGGGAAUUUGAGCUUGUGUUCUAGUCAUUGUACUAGCUGUAGCUAUUGGUCUGCCCUUUUGACAUACAGCUAAAAGGGACUAAAUUUUAAAAAAAUUAGUCUGUUAUAGUUGAAGAUUAAUUUUUCCUAACAUUGUGAUUAUUGAAGUUCAUGAAUCUUGCUGUCAAGGAAGAAGGGUAAGAAAGCUGAUAGCUCCUCCAUGUUGGUAAAAUCCUCUCGAGAAUCUUGGAACACCUGGCAUGUGACCCUAGUGACAUCACAGACCUGAGAUGAAGAUUCAUGUUUAGCCAGUGUUUUCCAGCCUUGUAGCCACCAUACAGAUCUGUUUAUUCUGUUUCACCCUACUCCUCCAGUGAGCCCCAUAUUUUGGGAAAUUAUCUGCCUCGUACAUUAACUAAUUCAAUUCAUAUUAACACUGUUGAGUGCUUACUCUAUGUACCUCUAUUGUGCCUAUAUUAAAGGUAUACAAAUAAAUAAGGCCAUGUCUGACUUCAAGGAACUCAGUUUAAUUUUGAUAUAUUCAAAGAUGUGAUUCCCAACCAACUCAUCAGGAUGAAGUAACUAGUGUUACAACUGAGUUGAUAUUCUAAAAUAUAACACAGUUUGUAUUUUUAUUACUAGUUAGCAUACACAUUUUAUAGGCUUAUGGUUAAUAAAUGAAUUCACAGACUCCUGGACUACUUUCAUUGAUGACCAUAUCUCCAGGGAUGUUGUUGAUCCCCACACUGCCUUAAGGUGUAUUAUAUAAACAGUUUUAUUUUCCAUUUUUCAUGUUUCCUGAUAAUAAAUGUAUUUAGGACUGAAAAUACUCCUGAGUACUCCCUUGGCUGUAUGUCUGACAGUCUUUAGCUAUAGUGACUAUUGUUUAUUUUUAAUGGGUAUUUCAGAUUCCAAGUGUAUUUAAAAUUUCUAAGGAGAUAUAGCCUGUAUGGUUUCUACUUUAUGGAAUUAUAUGGUCAAUAUUUGUAAAUAUUCUAUGAGUUUUGGGUGGGUAGAGGGGUGCUUUGCCUGUUUUGGUUACAGGUUUUUUUGGAUUUAGCUUGUUAAUUUUCAGACUUUCUGCUUUCUACAUGCCUAUCUUAUUGUUCAUUUAAUCAAUUUCUGAAAUGUAAGCAUUACAUGACUAUUGGUGAGUUGUGCCUUUUAUAACUGAAAUACUUUACUUUUUCUCAUAUCCUCUAUAAUUGACUUCUAUUUUCCUUAAUCAAACCAGCUCUGGGAAAUUUAAUACAUUUAUAUUAAUUGAGAUUAUUAAAACAUUUGGACUAUU